AUGCAGUUGGGCAUCUCUGAAAGAUGCAGGGUGUUAGCUAGCAUUGAGGUUAAGGCCACAUUCAUUGAGGAAAUCAAGGACAAACAAUUUGAUGAUGAAAAUUUGAACGAGCUCAAGGAAUGGAUGGCGAAUGGUAAGGCACAAGAGGCCACUCUUGAUGCGGAUGGUGUACUCAGUAGAUAUCAUGGUGACGGAGAUUACAUCAUUAAGUGGGACACAAUUGUGCUAGAUAAUGACCUCCAAUAUGAGGAGGAACUGAUUGCUAUUCUUGAUCGUGAUGUGCAUAAGUUGAGGACCAAGGAUAUUAAGUCCGUGACAAUUCAAUGGAAGAAUCGUCCUGUUGAGGCAGCUACUUGGGAAAUCGAGAGGGACAUGCGAGACAAGUAUCCCAAAUUGUUCGUCGAAUCAUGUACUACUUCAUUCUUUCCUUAG